GGCACGGGCAGGCCAGCCAGUCAGUCAUGUUGCCCUUAAAAAUAGAAUGUCGCCGCCCCUGGGAGCCCAGAGGGGCCCGCGGGGGAGGGCGAGUCCUUCCUUCCACGUGUCAUUCCUCUCCCUUGAUGAAGAGGAUGCUGCUUGUGCAAGGAGAACUUCCUGUGGGCUUCCAGGGUGUGAAGGGAGGGCCGGAGCGCGCAGGUUCACCUGCUCGGACCUGCAGGGUGCAGGUCUGUGUGUGAGAGAGGGACAGAGAGCCAGGUGCGUGUGCGUGCACGUGUGUGUGUGCACGGCUCUGCCGCUCUGACGAGAUUUUCUUUUUUUAAUAUUUUAUUUAUUUAUUCAUGAGAGACACAGAGAGAGAGAGAGACAGAGACACAGGCAGAGGGAGAAGCAGGCUCCAUGCAGGGAGCCCGAUGCGGGGCUCGAUCCCGGGACCCCAGGUUGUUCACCCACAGAGCCACCCAGGCGGCCCUCUGGUGACCUUUCCCGCUGCAUUUUAUCCCAGCCUUUUCUUCAAUACUGAUCCAAGUUUACCACAAGCAGUUAGCCCAGGAGACUAAUCUGCCUCCGGAGCCGUCCCUGCCCCGUGUCGGACCCACGGGGUCAGGAGUUCUAUAUAUAGCGAUAUAUAGGGACCCUUGCUCCUGGGGGUCCGGACGCUUUUUUCCUGAAGGAUCUGAGGCAGCAGGACAGGGCCGGCUCCGAGACCACGCUGCUCACACGUGCGCAUUUCCAUUUCACCCGUGUGCGUGCGCUUGCGACACUUGUCCAUUCGUCACCCAUGCGUGCGCUCCUGUGCCUUUCACCCCACACUUCUGCCUGGACACUGGGCAGGACUGCCGAGUCCCGCUGGUGCCCGCCCCGAGGCCGAUGUGCUUGUGCAGGUGGAACGCAGCAGGUGCACACGCAGGCUCGGGCCUGCUGACCUGGCUGCACGGUGCCCGGUGACUCCACGGGGCCCGGGAGGCCCAGGUCCUAGGCGGGGAGCGGGGUCGGGUGGUCUUGGUGGCUCCCCUGUGCCAGGGCGUCCGUGGGUGGGGAAGGAAUCCCGGCCGGCCUGGCUGCGACGACAGGUGAAGGCCCCUCUCAGAGCAGGGAAGCGACUUCGGGGCGCGUGUUGGUUAAGGAUCAUUUCCUGGCUCGGGAACCGUGGGCUGGGAGCCGCAGGAGCUGGUUCGCAACCCGCUUCUCUGCGUUUCGGGUUCCUGGGGCGGCGCUUGGGUCCAUCUGCUGAUGACCGACAAGACGCUGUUAAAGGUCCUAAUAAUAUGUUCUGAAAUCAUUAUGGGUGCGCAGGGGAUCCCGGAAUCCAGGCCUCGCGUGCCUCCGUGGUGACCUGCUCCGUGGCGCAGGCGGGAACCAGGACGUCCCCGUCUGCGCAGUCGUCCUCCUGACGCUGCACAGGCCACGUCCAUUGCUCCCCGAUUUGGGCCACCCCGUGCUUCGAGCUUGUGCGUGUGCGCCUGGGCGCCCUGCUGUGCAGCGUUACCGUGUGCAUUUGUUUGGCGGCGGACGCCCCCUCAUCGAGGACAGAACGACGUCCCUCCGCUCAGGCUAGUGGCCUGUGCUUGACACCUGUCAGAAAAUUCAUGUCCAAGGAAGCAAACGGCUUUUCAGUGAGGGCCUCCAGCCGCGGGUCGCUCCUUCAGAAAGUCGUGCGGCCACCGCCUCCAUCGACUUCCAAAACGUCCUCGUCAUGGCCCAGAGGAGGCCCCGUCCCCACGAGCGGUCACCCCGCAUCCCCCAUCCGCAGCCCCCGGUGACCCGGAAUGUGCUUCGUGUCUUCACGGAGUUACCGGUUCUGUGUGCUGCAUCCCCACGAGGGCUGCUUCCUUCUCUCUGGCCAUCUCCAAGGGCGUGAGGGUCCAAUGGGAAGGGAAAAAUGAGGAGACGCAGAGCCCACAUUUCCUUGCUCAAGGGGUUGGAGAAAAAAGGGGAUGGGGAAGCCAGAUGGGGCCAAAGCAGGAAUAAAAAAUAGGCAACACGCAGGAGCCUGUGAUGAGCCAACACAUGCACACGACCGCCAGUGUCCUGGGGGUAGAGUCCCUCCCACCCCAAUUCGUGUCCUCCCUCUCAGAACUGCAGAUGGGACCCGAUUUGGAAAUAGACUCUUUGGAGAGGCAAUUAGUUAAGGAUUGAGGUCAAGUCCGUUGCACAGGAUGAGCUUCAACCCAAGGACAGGGGUGAGGAUGGAGGCAGAGGCGGGAGGGAUGCGGACACCAGUUCAGGGACGCCUGCAGCUGCAGACGCCGGAAGAGGCAGGAGGGACCCUCCCUGGAGCCUCUGGAGGGAGCGAGUCUCUGCCUCAACCUACGUGCGGUGGGACCAGCCCACCUGCAUCUCGGACAUCUGGUCUCCAGAAGCGGGAGGGCAUCGUUUGAAGCCCCCACGGGGUGGCAGCCCUACUGCCCUACGCAGCUGGGGUUAACCCAGGAGAGCCAAGGGUUCAUGGGCAUCCAUGGCCUCCCGCUCCAGGAAGGCCACCUCCGGAGCUGGAUGGGACACAGCCCCAACUUGCUCUUCUGCUGCCUCUGCUUCUGCUCCCUCGCACCCAUCCGCUUCCUGCACAGGGAGCAGCCGGGCGAGGCCUGCACCCCGGGUCUGCGUCACCUUGUCACUCUCUUUGGCAAAUCCAGGAUGGACCAAGGGGCGCCAUGUUGAAUCAGGCUUGACGUUGGGCCUGCUGUGGCUCGUACACCCGGACGGGGUGGCUCGUACACAACAGAGUUUCACAGCUCUGGGGUCCAGGGUGUGGGGUCAGGAUGUGGGGUCAGGACGCCAGCAGGGAUGGGUUCUGAUGAGCGCUCUCCGUGGUUGGUAGGGGGCCACCGUCCUGCUGUGUGCUCCUGAGGCGGGCAGGGACGUAGGACACGCCGGGGGUCACACGGGGACCCAUUUCAUCGCAGGGCACCCCUUUCUCAUGACCUCAUCCUACGGACGUCCCAGAAACCCGCGUGCAAAUGUCCAUCCCGUUAUAUCGGGAGCAGAUUUUUCAUCAUAUGAAACCCGGGGGGUGUGGGUGUAGACAUCCAGUCCGUGGGCGUGUGUGGGUGUGACGUCCCGCUCCGGGACUCCUCCUUUGUCCCCGAGUCUGCCCAGGGCCACCCGCCUUGUCCUCCCUUGGGUCACCCACGCGGGUGAGGACAGUGCGCCGUGAGGGUGCUCCCCAGUCUGCGUCCUGGGGCAGUUCCUCCACGGCUGGGGACAACCUGGGAGGCCACUUUUGUCCUUGGAGGAAACGGGCAGGGGCGACGUGUGCCACAGACGGGUCCUGCGUGCCAGCAGCGUUGGUGGCUGGGUGCGCCGACGACGCUUCUAACCACCGUGUUCUCUCGGAGAGACUAAUGUGUUACCAAUUCUCUGAAAACCACCUUUGCUCUGGGAGUGACACCGUGGGGCUGGUUCCCUUUGUAUUUCCCCCGAGGUUCUUCAAGCGACCACGGUGUCACAACCCUCCACGCCAUUUGAAGACUCGCCUUUUUGGUUCUUUUUUUCCUCUUUUAACCCUCUGAGCCUCGAUGUGUGGUGUUCAUUCUUCCUUUCUGAACGUCUUUAUUUGACAGGGAGAGAGCGCAAGAGGGAGCACAAGCAGGGGGAGCGACGGGCAGAGGGAGCGGGAGAGCCCGCAUGGGGCUCGAUUGCAGACCCUGGGGUCACGACCUGAGCCAGAGGCGGACGCCUAAUGCACGGAGCCACCCGGGUGCCAGGCACAGUAGAGGCGUGUCCCUGAUUUUGCAAGGAUGCCCACCCACGGGGGAGCUGGCCGCGCUGUCAGGCGUCUGCUGCCAUCCGUCUCUGCGCCGUGUGCACCCUGUGGGCGGCCCGGCCCUCCGCUGCUGCCUUGUGUCCUCCUCCUCCCCCACGGUGCUCCCGCCUCUUGCCCUGGAAUGAGGCGCCCCAUGGGGGGCAGACACGUCUGUGGGGCUGUUCUGCAGCUGCACGUCUUUGGGCAGGUGUCCUGCCUUCCCCCAGGAGCGCGGGGCCCCGGGGACGUCGUGUGUAUGUGUGUCAUGCCUCCAUCUGUUCUUUCCUCUCCUGUACGCAGGCUGCUUGGCGUGUCUCCAUUUGCCCCCCGGAAAGCCAUUAAGUCGCCCACGUUGGGAGACCCUUGGGCCCCGGGCAGUCGGUCGGCAGUUGUCCCCGCUCACGCUGCCCAUCGCUGAGCAGCCACUGCCCGCCAGGUUGCUCUCUGGGCGCGGGACGCUCUAGGGUACUAGGCUUUGCUUCUCCAGUUGACGUCCCCUUAUGGGACGGUGGGUACCGCGUGCGACAUGUCCAGUUGCUGGUUGGUUCGAAGGCCGUCAGAAGUCUGGGGGAGAAUGGAGCAGCCUGGUGGGGGUCGGAGCAGAGGGCAGGUAGGGGCACGCUGAUAGGGCCCGAGGUUGAUGAGGAGAGGGCGAGCCGUGGAGAUACCCUGGGCACAGUGGCUGGUUCUCAACCCUGGGCAGCCUCAGCAUCCCCUAGAGGGCUGGUGGGAACACGCAUGGCCAACCCCCACCCUGGAGACGUUCCGACUCUCCUACCUGGAGAGGGUGGUGGUGCGGAGACUCUGGAUGCCUCAUAAGGUUCCGGUGCUGCUGCUGCUGCUGCUGCUGCUCUGGAACGUGAGCCACACGGCAGCCUCGGAGCCCACUGGACAUGUUCUAGAAGCUCUGGGAAGGUCGCCGUGGCUGGCGUGGGGCGGAGCAAGCGGAGAAACGAAGGCGCAAGAGCUGCCCUGCAGGGCCUGUUGUGUGUCCCCGGCUGGGAGCAAGCGUACGGAGGACAGAUGGCACGUUCCCUGGUGCCUCUUCUUGCGAGGACACUUCAUCAUCGUCAUCACGGUCACCGUCAUCAUUAUCACCAUCGUCACCGUGAUGACCAUGACCACCAUCACCACCAUCGCCAACCCCAUCAUCAUCGUCGUCAUCACCACCUUUGUCAUGGCCUUCUGUUCAGCACCUGCCCAUGUCUUACCACUUUCUACCCGUCUUUAUCACCAGCACCAGCAUCAUCAUCAUGGCCGUCAUGACCACCAUGGCCAUUGUCACGAAUCCCACCAUCAUGAUCCUCAUCACCACCUUCAUCACUACUCCCUGUUCAACAUCCUUCCGGUUCCUCCCAUCUUGCUCACCAACCCCAGCAUCACCACCACCACCACCACCACCACCAGCCCCUUCAUCAGCACCUUCCCUUCAACACCCCCACCCACAUCCUACCGCUUAUCUACUAUCUUUGGCAUUCUUUCCACCGUCACCAUCACUUCUGACACCCGUGACACUUUUUCAUUGAAACUCACGUAAUAUAAAAUCAUUUAUUUGAUUUUUUUAAAAAAUAUUUUUAUUUAUUCAUGAGACACAGAGAGAGAGAGGCAGAGACACAGGCAGAGGGAGAAGCAGGCUCCCCUGCGGGGACCCCGAUGUGGGACUCCAUCCCAGGAUCCCAAAGUCAUGGCUUGAGCUGAAGGCAGAAGCUCAACCGCUGAGCCACCCAGGCGCCCCCGUAAAAUUUGUUUUACGGUGAACAGUUCAGGGGCAUUUAGCACAUCCACCAUAUGCGAGCAUCCCUUGUAUCCAACACUUGCAUCAGCUCCCAAAGUGUGCCCUGUACCCGUUAAGCAAUCACCCGCUGCUCCCCUUUCCCUUUGCCCUUGGCAACCUCCCAUCUAUUCUCUGUCUCUAUGGAUUUGCCCCUUCUGGACAUUUCCUAUAAGUGAGAUCCUACUUAUCCCACAGGGCCUUUUUCUCAACUGGUUUCUUCGUCCGGGAUGAUGUUUUGAGUUGCAUCCGUAGAGUAUGUAUGUGUCAGGACUUCAUUCUUUUUUAUGACCAGUAUUUCAUGGAAUGGAUGAGACUACACUGGGUGUAGCCUGUUCUGUGGGUUUGCUCGGAGAAACAAAGUACCAGAGAUGGGGCGGCUUCAACAGUUGACGUUUAUUGUCUCCCACUCCUGGAGGCUGCAAGUUCAAGAUCCAGGCGUGGCCAGGGCUGGUUCCUCCUGACGCCUCUCUGCCUGGUGUGGAGACACCAUCUUCUCCCUGUGUCCUCCCACGGUCUUCCCUCUGUGCGUGACUGUGUCUUAAUCUCCUCUCCGUGUGAGGACACCGGUCCUGUGGGAUCAGGCCACACCCCAGUGACCUCGUUUUACCUUCACCACUUUACCUUAAGGAAUCCAUCUCCAGAUACAGUCUGGAGGUGCUGGAGAUCGGGACGUCAACGUUAUUUUCUGUGAGGGAGGGACGCAGUUCAGCCCAUUACACCUGUGAGACUGAAUGCAUGGAUGCUACCUCCGUGCCCUGGGAGCAGCCAAGACCCAGUAGUGCCAAGACCCAGUAGGGUCACCCCAGGUGUGUUUGGCUGACCAGCUUGGAGGGUCGAAAGCAGGAUCCUUUUAUGUCCAAGGACAGAAGACUAUGGUACUAGUGUAAAGACCACCUCUGCUCAUCCUGGCAACACCUCCACCUGCCUUCCUCCUGUGCAUCACCACCCACCAACCACCCCUUCUUUCUCUCCGCUCAUUUGUAACCGUCACCUACAGGUGUCAGGACUCGCAUUUAAGUGGUGCCCAGUAGAGUGCAGCUGCUCUCAAGGUUCUUCGUUCACUCAAGUAGCACCUUUCACCAAACUGUACGUGGGAGGGGGGUAUUCUUUAUCCCUCGAAAAGGCAUAGCCCCCGCACAUGGGAGCCAUGCUGGGUGCAGCUCCUGGUUCUGGGAUGCCGCAUGUGUUGGCUGCUUUCCUGGUGCACCACGUGGAUGCUCCACCAAGAAGGGCGACCCUCCAUCCCACCCGCUGUGAUGUCUGUAUGACGUGGUGUAUGUGCAUCCUGGUCCCUCUGUGUCUUGGGAAGUCACCUCCAGUGACCAUUCUGGGUGGUGGGACAGCCCCACCAACUCUCUAAUGCUAUUUGAUUUUUUAAAGAAUAUUUUUUUAAGAUUUUACUUACUUAUUCAUGAGAGAUAGAGAGAGAGGGGCAGAGACACAGGCAGAGGGAGAAGCAGGCUCCAUGCAGGGAGCCCGAUGUGGGACUCGAUCCCGGGUCUCCAGGAUCCCGCGCUGGGCUGAAGGCGGCUCUAAAACCGCUGAGCCACCCGGGCUGCCCCAGAAUAUUUUCAUUGUACUGAUAUACCACGUAGUAUUCACCGUUGUAACCAAUUGAGUGGCAUUAAGUGACUCAUACUGUUGUGCGACCAUCAUCACCGCCCACUUCUAACACUUUCCUGUGACCCCAAACCGAAACCCAACACCCAUUUAGAAGUCACUAAAAAAGGCAAGUGUCCUCUGAUCUUUUUUCUGUCCCUAUGUCUCACCUCUGUUUCAUGACCCGCCUGUUUUAUCCUUCCAGGGGGACGGGGCUCGGAGCAUUUAAGAACCAACGUGGUGCAUGGGGUUGGGGCUCAGGUUCCUGGCUUGAGUGAUUGGGACAGAAGCCCUGCUCUGGUCUCCGAGUUCACUAAAUGAGGCAUAGUUCCAAGGUGCGUGUGGUCCUGGCUCCACAACCCUGCAUUUCCUCACACAGUCCUUGAGGAGGAGUCAGCAAAAGGCUGAGACCCCCCACCCCAGUGCUGGAGGUGGUCCUUCACCGGGAUGUGCUUCUCCAUAGCGCUUGGCAGGUGUGUGUUGUGUUUUAUUCUGGCCUUUGGGGAGAGUGGCGAGCUUCAGCCUUGAGCAUUUGUGUCUGCUGUCCUUUGUGCAUCAACCAGGAAGUAAGCACGUCUCGCCACAGCCGGCAUCGCCCUUAUCGUCCUCACCAUCACCAUCACCAUCACCAUCACCAUCACCAUCAUGGCCAUCAGUUCCCAGGCAUAUUGCAGGCUCAUCAUUUCAGGGACGGGUGGUGGUGUUAUUUGCUUAGAUUUGGAGUUUAUUCCGUUUCGUAGACCUGAACUUUACUGGGUGUGCUUGUCUUGAGGCUGCUGAGCAUCUUCCCCUCCCACCCCCGUCCUGCACCUGUGCUAGCUCCUGAGUUAGGGAAUCAGGGUGCAGGGCAGGGUCCCCGAGGGAGCCCACUGCGAGGUCACCUUUCCUUGUUCUCCUGCUAUGAUCUCUCUCAUGGACUUUCUCCCCAUCUUGGUCUCCUACGGCUGCUCUAACACAUCACCCCUCACUUAGUGGCUUAAAACAACACGCAUUUUUAAAGCCCCACAACUCUGCAGGUUAGGAGCAUGAAGGUGGAUGUUGAUGGGUUAAUAAGAAGGGUUAGGAGGGCUGCGUUCCCUUUUGGAGGCUCCGAGGGAGAGUCUUUCCUUGAAUCUUCUAGAUGCUGCCGGCCCUCUAUGACUUAGGAUGCCUUCACCCAUCUUCUAGGACAGCAGUUGGGUCAGAUCCUUCUCAUGAGGCCAUGUCUCUGGUUCUUUCUCCCCUUAACACUUGGAAGGACCCAUGUACAUCACCAAGGAUCAUCUCCUUAUUUCAGGUCAACUACUUAGCAUCUGUAAUUAGCACCUGGAAACUCAGUUUCCCCUUUGCCAUGGGCAUUAACGUCCUCACGUGGUCCGGGGAUUGGGAUGUUGACGCCUUUGAGGAGAAGGCGUCCGUUAUUCUGUCGAUGGCACCUGCUCUCUGUCAUGUGCUGUGCAUGCCUCGCUUUAGAAGUGGCAUU